UGGAUUUAAAACUCCAGCUAUACCGUUAUUAUUUUUUAAGGAACUUGCUACGCCAUUUUCAAGAGCUUGGUUAUUCUUGUUGACAACAUUGUUCAAGUUGCUUAUAUCUGCUGAUUUUAAUUGACUUCUGUAAGUUGUAAACUGCUUGGAGCCAGGUAUGAUUACACCAUCAUCUGUUAAUUUCAAGUCCACUCCAUUGCUAUAAUUGACGGUACUAUCGCUAUAUUCGUUGUCAAAAUUGUCUUUCUUCGAACCCGUCAAAUGCAGAUAUAAUCCGUCUUUAUGUAACUCUAUUUUCGACGACGACUCCCGCUUCUCUGGUGUGAGAUGAAGCGCUGGACUUAUUUUAUAUUCACAUGUGACACUUAGAAUUGCGCAUGUGAGGACCAACUCAACUGUCAAAAUAUUCAUACCAUGUUUCAUUAUUUGUAUUACUUCUUCUUGAGAGACAUGUCACAAAUCUUUUACUUUCAAUCAUACUGCACGCAUUUUGUUUAUUGUAUUAUCCCUCCCAUUUAUUUUUUAACAAUCUAAGCAGUUUAUUUUUAAUGAAACAAUUUCAAAACAGAUUUCAUGCUGUUAUUAGGCAUUUGUUUCCAACUUACAGACCAUUCUUUUAAUAUUAAAUAAGAAAAAUUAGGCCAGAAGGGGUCUGGGUAUUAAUUCGUGAACAGUCUGAAUCUAGACAAAAUUAAGCAAUAAACAAAGUCGCUCAUGCGUGCUCUGAUAUUAUAUUUAUUUUUACGAUAGCUAAAAAAUCCAGUGAAAUAGAAUGGGUAUAACCCAGGAUAUCUUAAACUCGUUUAGUUACCAUAAAAGCUAAAAUACCUCUAAAAAAGCGUAAAAUUCAUAAAUUUAUUUAUAUUUCGUUAGAUAUCCACAAUCUAUUAUCGUAUAAUGUUUUGCGCAGCAUAAUUCACUACUUUUACUAUUCGGUAUCUUUCAACACAGCUAGAAUAGAAAGCCAUACCGUUUUUCACCUCUGUCGAAUGAUUGCAUUAAUUAUUUAGAAAAUUGAAUAGAGAAAUGACAUUAGCAUAAAAGUGUCUGUUUCAGGCUAAUUUUCGGCAUUUAACACACUAUAUCUCAAAAAGGCAAUUAAUUUUUUUGCAUCCUCUUUUCGCACUCUAUCCGGUGGUAGACGUAGCUUUUUAGGUAUCUUUUAAUAUUGUUAAUUUUAAGAUAUAUUGAAGUAAAAUUUCCAACAACUGAUUCCGUCGUUAGAUGAUCCGGGGUUAACUUUUAGGUAUUCUUUUAAAAGUUAAUCCCUCCCAAGAGCCCUGGAUACAAGCAUAAUAUAAACUUAAAGCCAUGCAUAAGAAUUUUUUUUUUAUUUAAGUGAUUUUCUGUGUAAUGUGGCGGCAAGCUAAGAUUAACAAAAUUUGAAGAAAUAUUAAGAUUGCGCAUGCUCAAUAACAAAAUUGUGUGAAAGAUCAUUCAAGCGUAACUAAUCGAACAAUGUGUUCGGAAGGUUAACUUUACGAAGCUGUAUGAAGUGCGCUUAAAACUAAUAUGGCGGUUGCGCGUUUCUUAAUAUUUCUCGUUAUAACAUUUAUUCAAAAGGAGUCACUUUGUACUCCAAUUAAAAUACUUAACAAUGGAGGAAACGAUUUUUUUGAUAACGUAUUUCGUGGUCUUCGAGGCAUGUUAGAAGACUCGAACAUAGAGGAUAUAAACUUUCGAAACAAAACAUCGCAAACAAAUACUGUCGAAACGGAUAAAGUCAUCGAGUUACCAAAUGGUAUUGAGAAAAUCGAAAAACUCGUACAAAAAGAAUCUGCAAACGAUACCAAUAAUAACGCUGAAAAAAAGUUGACAGAGUUCUUUAAAUUUCCUAACCACACGAUUCAGAAAGUCGAAAGAGAAGGAGACAAUCUGGUUAAACGAGACGAAUCCCAAGUUGAAUGUGUAGACUCGAUAGAUUGCAAUUCUACCGCUUUCUGCGAUAGAUUCUCAUACACAUGUAAAUCAUGUCAUACAGAGAGUGAGAGUUGUGGGAACGGUGAAUCUUGCUGUCCUGGUCACACUUGCGAUGAAGUUAGUAAAACUUGUAAAAAGUCAAAAGGUGGAGAGGGACAACUCUGUUCUUCUACGUCAGACUGCAUAGACCACCACUGUUGCGCAUUAAAUAACAACGGCGAUGGAGUUUGUCAACCAUAUUUAAAGGAGGGUGAUGAUUGUGGAAGCGACCCGUUUGCUUCAUUAUUUUCUCCACAAAAAUCAUAUUAUCAAGAAGCACUUUCUGGUUUACCGAACAGGUGUCCAUGUGCAUCUGGAUUGUCUUGUCAAAAACAGCAAUCUUUCUUCUUCUUGGAAUCUGAAGUGUGUACAAAGAAAGAAGAGAACAAGAGGAACCCGAAAAUCGUUAAAAUUAGUAUCAGAAAGUUGUCCCCAGCCUUCUCAUUUCACAGCGACGAUGAUCUUGAUGGCUUCCCGCUUCCGGGGUUACUUUCGAACGAAAAGUCUGCGAAAAAAGAGAGAAAGACAAAAAAACAUCGAAAAAGAAGAAAAAUGAAAAGACGCAAUCGGUAUUUCUUAAAACCACAACUUUCAAGAAAAAGAAAAAAUCGAAAUAGAAAGAUCAGCAAGCAUCAUUCUUUAAGUUCAAGAAGACACAUUCCGUUUCCUUUUGCUGAUAUUAUUCCUUCACUUCACGAUGAUGAUUUUAAUGAUGAUGAUGAUGAUGAUGAUGAUAUGGAUGAUGACAUUGAUAAUGAUGAGGAUGAUGAUAUAUUCAGUCAUCUUCCAAUAAGAAGAAAAACUGGAUUUGUAAAUGAGAUGGCCAAUGACACUCCAAUAAGACAGAAACGUGAGGACCUUGAAGAUAUUCACGAAGAAGCACGGGAUUUAGUCCAUGAAGCAGUUGAUGGUGUUUUUGACAGUGUGAUGAAGGGUAUUAUUGAAGCGUUAAAAUACGGGAUGUAAACAUGGAGAACGGUUUUGCACUCCCACGCAAUGUGCUAUUAUUUUUUUAGAACGAUGUAUAUUUUUCUGCAUUGAUGCGUACGCAUUUUUUUUGUUCA